UGAGCGCCCUAGAACUGUACACACUUCUCAUUAUUCAAGCAGAUCACAGCGGAACCUUUAUCCUCUAUAGACGCUGAACGGCGGACGUAUUUGUACGACGGACAAGCAUGGGUACCCGACUUGCUGCACGUCAGAUUCUUCGGUGGACCGUGAUAAAUGCCACCUCCUCUGUCUUCAGACCUCUUCAGUUUGGGAGCUGUCACCUCCAGCCUCUAUGCACCGGGUGCAGGUUGUUCUGUUCCUCCACCAGCCAGAAAACUCUGCGACCAACGCAACACAGCCAUGAUCUCAGUGUUCAACCCAGUAGUCCAGUCACAGAGCUGUCCCUGUGCUCUCUGGUCGAUAUGGGAUUCACAGACUCCCAGGCACAGCAGAUACAUGAAUACACGUCCAAAUUCAAAGGAGGAGGUGCUGCCAAACACGCUCUGUCAACUCUCACGGCUCUGUUUGUCUUGGGCCUCAAUCCUUCCAGUGUGAUGAAACUGCUGGAGAAAUGUCCUGAACUUUACACUGUCAAGGAAUCACAGCUCCAGCGGCGCAUAGGCAACAUGCGGAAAUUAGGUUUAGUUGAAGGCAGUCUUCAGAGAGUGGUGUCCCAUUACCCCCAGAUCCUGAUCGUGCCUAUGAAGGCAGUCAAAAGUGUGGUGAUGUUCCUCAGAGAGAAGUGCCUGUUUACCGUCCAGCAAGUCACAGACAUCCUCCGAGAUAGUCCGGCCAUAGUCUCUGAGAACAUGGUUCAGCUGGAGUACAAGUUUCAGUAUGUCUACUUCCGGAUGGGUAUCAAACAGGCGGAGAUGGUGAAGUCCAGGUUGUUUCGUUUCACCCUGGACGAGGUGCGCUGUCGACACUGUUUUCUGGAGCGCAGGGGCCUGUAUCAAACCCCAGACAAGAAAGGCCAGACGAUCAUCAUCAACCCAAAACUGGACAGCAUCCUCGUCUUUGACAAGGACAUAUUUCUCACAGAUGUAGCCAAUGCGUCAGCAGAGGAGUAUGAAGUAUUUAGCAAAAUGCUGGCAAAAGAAUGGCAGGAAGAGGAGAGGCAGCAUGGCAGCAUUGAAGCCGAUAGUGUGAUGAUGAUGAUGAUGAUGAGGCAGAGGAGGAUGAGGAGACUGGAGGGAAAGGUGGAUACAUGAAGAGGAGAAAGAAAUGACAGAGAACUGUGGGAGGGACUGAGAAAACUUAUUUAAAGAGGGAGUGGUAGGAUUAGAGAAAAUGAUAUAUCUGAUGGUGAUAAAUUAACCAAUAAAAUGUUUC